GCGCAGUGAGGGACGGAAACGGGCAAUUGGCCCGUGUCACGUCCCGAGGGGCGCGGAGAGCGAGCGGAGCUGAGCUCGGAGCUCCGCGGGAGUCGAGGGGCGUCGUUCGUCUCCCUCCUUCCCUUUUCCCCUGCCCGUUGGUCCGUCUGCUCUGGGACUACUUUGUGUGUCCCUCCUCCCUCCCUCCUUCUCCUUCUCCUCCUCCUGCUUCUCUUUCUCCUUCCCUCUCUUCGGCUGCUCUUCCCGGAGAAAAGAAGAAGGAAAAGGGGACCGACUCCCUUGCCCCGAACCUCAUUUUAAGCCGUUAAGCCGGCCCUUCCGCCGAAGGGGCAGCUCUGCUCUCCUUUAGCCUCGUUGAGGACUAGUCUCUUGAGCAGCUUCAAACCCGCCAACAGCAGCCGCAGAUCGGGCUCUCUCUUUUUUGCCUUUCCCAGCCUCGCAGGCGGGCAGACUCUUCCUGCCCCGUUCGAGGUUUCUCUAUGAAUUUGGUGCUGGUUUUUGGCUUUUAAAUUGGGUUUUGGGGGAAGCUGGUUUGCCCUUAUUGGCUUUGAGCAGGGAGAACUGGGUCCCUGACUUAUUGAGGAAGGGGCUGCUUUAAUUGGUGGGGGUGCUCCUAAACCAGACCCCGACCUCUUUUUUGGGGGGGAGCCCACCCUAUAGUCUCCCCAAGGGUGGGAGCAUCUCUUCCGGGGGGGCCCCAGAAUCUCCUGACAGCCCCCGUCCCCAGCUGGCUGUUCACCCCUUCAUGCCAGAGCUGGGACCCUCCUGCUCCACUUUCUGUACCGCCCCCCCUCUGAUCUCAAAGCUGCUGCUCCCCAUCGCCUUAACCCCCCAAUUGGGGUCCUGAGUGGCAGCUUUUGCAAAGGACUCGACCAACGUCCAUCAUCAUCAUCAUCAUGUCUGUAGCAGGGUUGAAGAAACAGUUCUACAAAGCCAGCCAGCUGGUCAGCGAGAAGGUGGGCGGAGCUGAAGGAACCAAACUGGAUGAGGACUUCAAAGAAAUGGAGAAGAAAGUGGACCUUACCAGCAAGGCUGUGACGGAAAUUUUGGCCAGAACGACGGAAUACCUGCAGCCGAACCCUGCAUCCCGGGCGAAACUGACCAUGCUAAACACGGUUUCCAAGAUCCGAGGGCAAGUGAAGAACCCAGGGUACCCACAGUCCGAAGGCCUCCUGGGCGAGUCCAUGAUGCGAUACGGCAAGGAGCUGGGCGACGAUUCCAACUUCGGGGACGCCCUGCUGGACGCCGGCGAAUCUAUGAAGCGUCUGGCCGAAGUGAAGGAUUCUCUGGACAUCGAGGUCAAGCAGAACUUCAUCGAUCCCCUUCAGAAUUUGUGCGACAAGGACUUGAAAGAGAUCCAGCACCACCUGAAAAAGUUAGAAGGGCGACGUUUGGAUUUUGACUACAAAAAGAAACGCCAAGGGAAAAUUCCCGACGAAGAAUUGCGACAAGCUUUGGAGAAGUUUGAAGAGUCCAAGGAAGUGGCCGAGACGAGUAUGCACAAUCUUCUCGAGACCGACAUCGAACAAGUGAGUCAGCUUUCUGCUCUGGUGGAUGCCCAACUCGACUACCACAAGCAAGCUGUGCAGAUUCUAGACGAGUUGGCAGAAAAGCUGAAACGCAGAGUGCGAGACACUUCAUCACGCCCCAAACGAGAAUAUAAACCGAAGCCCAGGGAAACCUACGAUUUUGGAGAGACUGUGGAUCAGUCCAACGGUGGAUUUUCUUGCAACCAGGCGCCCAAAGUCUCCGCAGCUUCUUCUUCCUUCCGAUCCGAAAAGCCAUCUCGGACCCCCAGCAGGAUAUUUUCCCCCCACCUGGACCAGCCCUGCUGCAAGGCGCUGUACGACUUCGAGCCGGAGAACGACGGCGAGCUGGGCUUCAAAGAAGGCGACAUCAUCACGCUGACCAACCAAAUCGACGAGAACUGGUACGAGGGCAUGAUCCACGGCCAGUCCGGCUUCUUCCCUCUCAACUAUGUGGAAGUCCUCGUCCCGCUACCUCAGUGAAACGGCUGCCGGCCUUCUCUCCGUGGCUCUUCCGUCCUCCUUCCUCCUCUUCCUCUUCCUCCCUUCCCGGCUGGCCAACGCAACAGCUGGGGAUGGAGAUGUUCCUUCCUUACAUUCCAGGGAUGAGAGGGGUAGGGGGAUCUAUCUGACACUAAUUUUCCCCCUUCGGGGUUGGGUGGGAAGCUUGUUGGAAAAGGUGCCAAGGGCCGGUUCUGGAGGCUGUAGUCAAGCCGGGCGGCUAAACCCCUUUGGGGGGGGGGAUGUGGUGGGCUUUAGGGUCUAAGAAGCACAAAGUGGCGGUAAACUGCUUCCAUUGGGUAUAAGGAGCUCUCUCCUCCAUGUUGGUUCAGCUACGUCCUCCUGGUGGCUUUUGGACCAUCUCCAGGACCAUCAAGGAAGAUGAUGGCUUGUUUAGAGAAUAGAGGUCUGUGGGGAUUGUGUGUUCUGUGUGUGUGUGCGUGUUUGUGCUAGCUCCAGGCAUUGCGUGGAGUAGCAAUCACCUUUGUUAAGAAAAUGCACCGUCUGCCUUGUCACAGAUGGGCUCUUCCACCAUCAGGGCCCUUCUCCUUGCCCAUGUUCUCCUUGAGCUUCUGCUAAGCUUCCGUUCCGCUGAACGGCCUUUCCAGAUAGGUCUGGCCGCCAUUCCCAGAAACCCCUAGCCAGCAUCACCAAUCCAGUUCCGGGAAUUGUCGUUCAAUACCCAAAGGCUUAAGUCGUGAGGGAUUAGAAGGACUUGGUCCCAAAGUUUUCAGUGUUUCGAAUCUUGGUGGCCCAACCUGGACCACGCCUUCUGUGGAACACCAACCUGGGGUGGGAAGAUUCCACCUUCCGACCACGGGACCAGAGACUUAUGGGAUGCCUGUAUCCAUAAUUCGUCCCACAAGAUGCAAAAUUUGCAGCCCCCGCCUCCUGGGCCCAAGUAGAGGAAGCCAUCUUGGUGUCCUUCAAACCUCUCCACCAAUCCAUCGUCAUCUUGAAGGCACCGCAUUAGAUCCUCAGUGGGUGCAUCCAUUCUCGGCUUCCUGCCUUUCGAGCUGCUCAGGUUAACUCCCCACGAAUCCGCCUACACUACAGACAAAAAACAACAAAAGAAAACCAGGAAGCACUUUUAGAGCCGUGUCCCAGCUUCUGCCAAAGAAACUGGGGACUUGUGGGUAACGGAGUCCCACGGCAAAACUGGCCUGCAUCCAUGGCUUGAAGAGAAAGCUGGGGCUGACUGGGGGCCUUGAAUUAGUGUUUCUCAACAGUGGCCGCUUUAAGGAGGGGCGGACUUCAAUUCCCAGAAUUGGGGAAUUCUGGGAGUUGAAGUCCACCCCUCCUUAAAGGGUCCAAGCUUGAAAAACACUGCCUUAAAAAUUCAGGAUUGACCUGGGAAAGGAUUCCUUUCUCCCUGGGAUCUACAUCCUGCCGGAUAUCUGGAGGAGGGGGGAAAAUAUUCCAACUUUUUUUUCACUUUUCCUGGCAAUUUAAACGUGGUCUUUGUGCUUUCUCGCUGCAGGCAGCUGGGCUAAAUUCCACAUAGUUUACUAGGGGUUGUGUGUGUGUGUGUGCGUUGUGGGUGGGUGGGGGAGAGAAAUAGGGUGGAUUGCUAAACCUGUGCUACCACCCACCCACAACCCAACGGCUCCCCACAAUUUUUUCUAAGGCACUUAUUUGGGGAAGUGAGAGUCAUCAUCUGUCCUUUUCAUCUAGCCCAUCAUUUUGGGGAGAGGGUGGGUGGGUGGGUUUGCAGCUGUGAGGGACAGACAUCUUUUGGGAAGUGGGGGAUAAGUCUUGUAUUUGAAUUUCUAACGUACCGAUUCAACAAUUAAGCUCCCCCGCCUCUUUUCCCUAAAAGGGCUUUAAGGAGAUUCGAACCCAGAGCCCUGGCAGCUUGCUAAGGAUGAGCCAGCGGUAGCACCAACUUUGGAAAAGAGGAAUUAAUGGGAGGCGAGGUGGGUGGGUUGGGGAGGGGUUGCAGAGAAAUCAAUCAAAUCAGUACUUGGGAUUAAUUCUUCCCGGCUUUCCCACAUGGAUUCCAGCUAUAUUUCUUUCACCUUCUCUACCCUUUGACCAGUUAUGUGGCUGAGCGUAUAAAUGGGUUUAUUUUGUUUUAAAAUUAGCCUCUCUUCCAUACUCAAGAAUGUGUCCAGCAGGGCUAAUGGUCUUGUUCAGGGAUCUCCAAAUUUGGACACUUUUAAGACUAGUGGUCUUCAACUCCCAGAAAGACUUCCCAGCCACCAUGGAGAGCAUGGUCCAUAAGUGGCACCAGCAUCUAAGUUCUGGGAUACGAAGAUCCAUCUUCCAGUCACGGGACCAGAGACUUGUGGGGUGCCUGGUCCCAUAAUUCAUCCUACAGCAGGAGUCUCCAACCUUGGCAACUUUUAAGACUUGUGGACUUCAACUCCCAGAAUUCCACAGCCAGCGGAAUUCUGGGAGUUGAAGUCCACAAGCCUUAAAGUUGCCAAGGUUGGAGACCCGUCCUACGGGAUGCAAAUCAUAGAGAGGAAUCUUUGUAGUCCACCACCUUGGCCCAAGCUGAGGAAGCCAUCUUGGAUUCCUUCCAACAAACAUGGCUGCCUGAGGGAUUCUGGGAGUCGAAGUCCACGAGUCUUAAAAUGGCCACGUUUGGAGACCCCUGGUCUUGUUUAACUGUUUUCUAAAAGUGGCUUCUAUAUUUUUUUAUCCCCGCCCGUCUUCGCUCGGUAUAAUCUUCGUACAACUGCCUCCUCAUACUGUUUUAUUUUCCCCCCUCCUUUGUUUAACCAGUUUCGUAAAUUCACAUUAUUCUCUGCCUUCUGUAUCUCUCUGCCCAUCUUCCACUCCCUUAUCAGGACCAAGGGGGGGGG